GAUUAACGAGCAACACUCAACAGUAGUAUCGAUUAUAAUCGCAUAUCAAAAAUGUCGCCAAUCAACCUUUGAUAAUAUGUUCAUCACAAUACACUUUGGAGAAAACCAAGUGUUAGUUUGUAAUCCUGAGUGCAACAUUAGAAACUUGCUGGAUAACAUCAGACGAAGGUGUAGCUGUCAGACGGCAGAUACAAUUGAUCUGACAGACACCAGAGGUAAUCUCCAGAACCUGUCCCUGUUAUCCCAAUACGACCUGGCUCAUGCUUCUCAUCACCUGACAGAUAUUAAUAGAGGAGAGUACAUUCUCCUAAAAAUAGAGCACGAUGAAACUGGAAAAGUACAGCACAUUCCGUUGUUGGAAAAAGCUUGCUUCAAUUAUCCUAUUUUGUUAGAUAGCUUAGAUAUCCCGACAUGGGUCGAGGGUGCAGGUCAAAGAAGCAGCUCCAGAAAACUUAAUCGCCUGAGGCUGGCCACAAAGUUGGUAAUGGCAGCUGCCCACGAGAAAAAACAUAAACCUCCAAGUGCCAACAGAAAAUCUAUCAACCGGUCAGCAUCAUCAGGGGAUUCGCCGAAUAAAAAAGAGAGACGGCUAUCAAACGCAACUUCAAUAGAUAAGGCGAAGAAGAACAAAAGAUAAAAAGUUUAUCGGUAUACUUCACUGGAACCUCCAAUUUGAUCAAAAUUAAAUGAUCAGCAAUUUUGACAUGUACACUACAGCUGAUAUAACUACUGUGCAUUAUGUUGAAUGAACAAAAAAUCUCUCGAUUGAUAUAAGCCGUAUCACUCAUUUCCCAUUGAUCUGAUCCUUGAAAAUUGUUUUAAGUGUCGAGCAUUGUCAGUUAAAAGUUCUAAUUUUUAUUAUAAAUUAUACAGACUAUAGCUAAUGCUAUGUCGUUAUGAUCAUACAAGUUAC